AUGGCGAAUGCGCUUCCGAAUAAGGUAUCACAAUUCAGCGGAGAAGUUCUGAGAAUAGAACAUUCAAGCCUUCAGCAUCAAAUGUACAGAUCGUCCGGUGGGUUGCCAAACGAAAUCCCGAAACAUCAUUUAUGGAGUGCGACACAGCAAAUAAAUAACUCGGUGGAGGAGGUUUUGGGUGAAACGAUGAUACCUCUCAAACAACAAUGA